AUGCGGUAAGCUAACUGUCCAGGAGGACUUUCCAAAACAAUCAAUCUGGAAUCCACCGUACAAGCCUAAUCGACCUUCAAUUGACCUACAAUCUGUAUUUUGAAUGGCUGAGUGGUCUUGACGUGCAAAUAACAGUUCUCCCUUUCCGCCUGGAAUUCCCGUAUGUUGUUGUUCACGUCCAUUUUAUAGAUGGUAUUGGAUUGUGCUUUAAUAAUAUGCGCUGACAUGUUUUUCGUUGAUUUAGUAAACUAUUGUCUUAAGACAUUGGGCUUAUGUACGCAGUGCGGGAUGUACCAAUCAAGACAGAUUGAGUUUGCCGGUUAUGCCAACUGCUGCGCGCGUUUGACUGCGUCUUAUUGGCCGUUUAGGUCAUCGCCUGCUCGAAAGUAGUUUCCGCUGGCCCCCAUGCGGCUGUUGAAGGCUAUAAUUAUAGCACGUUUUAAGAAGUGCGAAUAUAAUGCUCCAAUGUGUUGCAGCGGUUUCGGAUCCGAAACCGGUCGACCGGGCUCCUUGAAGAUCCCUAGAUAUUGGGAGUCCUAGAGUGACGUUUGCCCUACGACUAACCCAUUGAGAACUACCGAGCGAAAAUUUAACAUCGGUUUAGUGCCGCAUACGGUUCCGUUGGCGCUCACAAAUGGGAGCAUUCAGAUGAGACCGAAGUAUUGACUGCCGUUUAAACAGCAGGCGAAUUUGUCAUUCAUGACAUUCGCUUUCCAGGAUUUGGCCCUGUCGUUUAGUUAUAUUGUUGACGACGCCCUGCACAUUUUAUUAUAUACACUGUAAAGUAUACAGCAUAUUUUAUACCUCUUUUAUUGCAGUUAUCCUUCAUCUUGACGCGCGCCCAUUUUUCUUUAUAAAAUAUAUAUAACGAAGACUCGCGAAAAAGUGGAGUGUAUUAAAUUUUCUCCUGUCUUCUUAUGCAAGAAAUUGACUAUUCUACAAGUGUUUUUUUGCCUGCCAAGAUGUGGAACUACUUCUGAUGCUCUUUAGUCACGCCUGCCCCACUUUUUGUUAAGCAGUCCUACACCUCCACACAUACAGGUGCCGCUGAUGGGCCUGUGUAGAUCUCCAACCAAUGCUAGAUUAUAGCUUAUUUUAGCUAAACCCACGAAUACCUUUCGCUAGUUCUGGUGCUUGAUCAGGCUUCUUCCUUACUUAUACAUACACACGGAACCCGAGCUCUCGCCCCCACUAGAUUUUUCAUCUGUCUGUUGAUAUAUCAGCCGUCCGUUGAGACUUUUAGUGUUAUUCGAGGCAAUACGAUGUCCACUGAGUUCUGGGCUUUUGGGGUAGAUUGUCUUUGAAUACAUUUGCCGCGAACCUGACGGCAUGCUUAGGGGUUCCUGCCACCGACUCUUUUCUAUUAAUUCUCUACCUGCAGGGCGUUCGCUUUAAGCCACAUGUCCAUCCUUUUUGCUACCAGCGUUAAAGUCCACCAGUCGCGGUCAUCAUAAUCAUGUAUGAAAAAUCUCAAAGUUUGUCCCCGGCAGCACCCGAAUUACAAGAAUAUCCAGUCACAUAAGUCCCAUCUCUUUUAUACCGUUCAUCCUUCUCAAUCAUCUAUAGACACUAGUUUCCAGAGCUUUGGAGGUUUUCGUAUGGUUUAUUGGAGUUUAUUCACUUAGUCCUCGUAGUUCACGUUAACGACGAAGGAAUACGUCAAAAAGGCUUUCCCUUUAGUCGUUAACCUUUUCUUACUUAGUGGACACUCCCCAGUACUUUCUUCCUCCUAAAAUUGGAGCAUAAUUAUCGUUCAACCCCAUUAAUUUAUUUUUUAACCAUUUCUGGAGGUAGCCACGAUUCACUGAAUAUGCAAAAGUAUUGCCUCUCGGGCUAUUCCUAUGUUCCACCCCGGAGGCAUUCAUUCAGCAUAACAUUUUCUAAGGUUUGUCUAGAACGAAUUUACAACGGCGCUACAAAUUUUGUGCUGAGAAAUAUCGGUAAACAAAACCGUAUUUUCCUUUUAUAGGGCAGAAAUUGUUGACUACAUUGAUUCAGAAGCGUUCGUCGAUUCAGCUCCGGGGGAAAUGAAUUUAUCCUUGCAACGAAGAUUAUGUUACAUUUCAAGCGGCACUCUAAGACGGAAUUUCAGUUCGGUCAACAUCUUUUUCACGGAGCUCUUCAGUCCCUCGCACUACCAUAUGCUAGCAGUGACCGAAGGUUUAAAAAUUUUUCACAGCUUCACUGGUCAGACAUGGACCUCUUCAAUCAUCCUUUCUACCCUACUACUACGCAGUGCCGUUGCACUUCCCCUCUACACUUACACCGAAAAAAAUCAAGCUCUCGUGUCAAAAUCACUCUUGACAGUCAUUGCUGCCCAAGUCAAACGUUCAGAUAACAUUUCGCAUUCAGUUCUACGGCCAUCGGUAGAUUUUUUCUUAUAAUUGGUCCUUUGCUUAGUUUCGUGUAGAUUUUAUGAAACGAUGCCAUUCAGAGGGCUGUCACCCUCUAAAGUCGGCCGCCUUUGGUCUCAUUCAGUUGCCACUUUGGAUCACUCUGACUUGUGGACUACGAAAUGCCUGUGGCCUUUGGGUCUCUCCAUUCAUAUGCAAGUUUAUUUGUUCUGCACUAAGUGGGGCACUUGAUUUACUCUUUGUCUGCCACCGCCACCUACCUCGAAAAUUUCUGUCCCUCACUUUGUGUCUUUUAAGUUGUCUAAAGGCUACUUAGUCCUAAAAAUGGCACAUCGAGGAUGAACACAAGUAGACUCUUCUCAAAAAUCUUCGCCCUUUUGACCACUCUUCGCCCAUUAUAGUUUACUAGAUUUAUAGGUCUGUCUCCGUACCCGACCGAACGUUUUAAGUUUAAUUGGAGUUCCAUGCUGCCUGUUUCCACUUAAAGCAUUUUGUCCUUGCCGGUGUAUAUUUUGACUGCUGCGGGCUUGUCUUACCAGCGCCGCGCGGUUCACGGUUUGACUACAGGGCGUGGUUGGAAUGAGUAUUUUAUGUCCCGACAGUAGCAUCGCAGACCUAUUUUAUAUCCACCCCACCGUUUGAUUGCACAUAUAAGAUUGCUUUAGCACAUGGACUAAGUUUGCGCACUCUACCUUUUUUACUACAUAACUAAGAGAAGAGCGUCCGAUUUAACUUAAUCUUGAUAACACAUUCCGUCAGCUCUCGAAGAUACUGCCCUUUGUGUUUCGGCGUGAAGACACCCAUGUUUCCAUCUCUGCCCACGCUCCAUCACGCGUCUAUGUAUUUCUAGAUGAGAGACUGGAUCUCCCACCUAGUUGUUUUGAAUAGGAAAACGUCAACGCAACCGAACAUAACCGUUUCUUGUCGAGCGCAAAUUAAACAAAAGUUUGAGACAAAUGCGAGUCUUAGGUGGUGAAAAUGUUGACGGGAAAGUAUCGACGCUGUGACAUGCAAUCUAUAUUGUAGGCAUCUCGUGCAUGCAUACGUUUUCCGCCCCUAACGGGAAUAAUGUGACCAUUACUUCUUGAGGGAUGGAGCCGACGGUUAACCGCUGUUACCCGCGAGUUAAUAUAUUGUUCAGGUUCAUAAGGGAUGUACAUCCACGCAGUGACGGGUUCGCUGGCAAGGCGCACCCAUUCUGGCAGGUCGCUUUAGCUUAUCUGGGUAGGCACCCAAGAGUUAGAUGUCAUUUCUGAAACCGACCAAAUGCAGGCGACGACAACUAAACAACAAUCAUGGCGACAAUGCCCAUGCUCUUCCAGCAUGCCUCCGUCAACCCAAAAGUGUCCUCUUUACCUACCAUCACCGUGGUCGCACAUUUCAUUUCUCCCUCUCCCUGGUCAGACCCCUUCAGAACCGCCGCUGCGUGUGCUACGAACUCUCCCCUCUGCUACCUAUGUAACCAGUCAGUCAAGCUAUGAAAUGCUAACAACAAGCAGACUGCGCCAGUUUGCCUGCCUGUGCGAUGCCUGUAUCCCGAGGCGGGAUGCAGUGGAGAGAACUAAGAAAUUUGGUCUCACUCGUUCUACUCCCUCCCAAUAAGGUCGCAUCUGGGCCGCCUGCCACCAACUCGAUACUGGUUCUGCCUCGCUUGCUCGUCGUCCACCCAGGUGACCUCCACGCGUAGAGGUGGUUGCCUGUCAACAAUAAUAAAAUCAAUGGUCUGGUCCUACACCUACAAAUAAAUGUCUACAUUAUUGAAGGACCGCUACCAGGAGGCCCGAUAAUCAAAAGUCAAGUUAACUUUAACCGAUCACAUGGCCCCCACACACUCCUUUGUCACGAGGAAGACUUAUUAGGUUUGGAAUCGCUCUGGCGUCUUUGUUGGCACGGAGCUACGACGAUACAGAAGCGCUGUCCGGAAAACGCCCCGUUAUGGGGCCAGAAUUUGGGCAGUGUAUCAAAACGAAACAAGAAUUCACUUCCAUCUGAGCUGUUUUCUGGUGAUGCAACUUCGAAAAACCCAAGUCCUACAAUUGAUUGGCUUGCUUAACAAUUUUACUGCGUCAAGGCGGGCCCAAUUUCUGCGAAGUCACCACAUCACGAGGACUACUGAUGAGCGCCUACUGAAACAUUCUCUAGUGGGCAUGACUGUAUGGGCGCUCUCAGACAGGGCAAGCAAAGCUUCUGCCACAGGAACACAUUGAGGACCUCACUCAGCCACCUUAAACGACAGUGCUGGAACCGAAUAGUUAUCAUUGGACACAUUCACGUCCACCACAAUGGUAGUAUGAGCAACCAACCAAAAUCACCGUCGUUGCGGAAACUCUUUCCACACCCAACAUUGCCACGACUAGGCGUUUUCGGACACUUGAAGCCCCCAUAACGUGGAAGACGACAGGAGACGAGGACAAACAUCGGCAGCGACAGCCCACUGUCAACCUGUCUAGACUGCGACCGCACUUUAUAAUCACACCGGCCUUUUCAGACAUUGGCAGAUCCAUUGCAACACGACUGGCGAAACACCACCAGAAGGCCCGACCAGCUGCCAUCAAGCCAGCCCCACCUGCCACGCUUUGUCUAGGCCGUGAUUUUGCCGCUCCAUCGUUAGGCACAAUGUACGGGGCAUCCACUGCAUCAGCCGCACUGACUACUUAACGGCAUUAUUUUUGUCCGCAGAGGGUUAAAAGUUCUCGAGUCCUGUUCCGGAUGAAAGCCUUAUGUAAGCCAACUAUUUGCCGGCAAAAGCAUAAAUUCCCCAAUAAACUUACCACCUCCGACCAAAGAUAUUCUGUAGCAAAUUUUAUAGCAAUUCCGUUUCGAGUGUCGAAAACCUGGUAAACAUUUCACCAAGUAAUAGUUUGAUCGAGCUUUGUUUUGAGAACCUUUCUUUUGACCUCUAAUCCACACGUUUAUCGUUGGAUGUUCUGCUUCGAAGCCCAAUGUUACGCAUACCUGAUUAUCACCUACGAGACGGUAUCAAUUUUCUUGAGCUACACGGUGUCUGGUCAUGCCUGCUGUAAUUCACAGAAUAAGUUCCAACAAGUCGCUGUCCUAGUAUUCCAUUUCGCCUUCGGCCAAGUUCUAAUAUUGCUUACUUGGUCGACCUACGGCUCUAUAGGUGAUUGAGGUCAGAGCUAGUUCGAUCCGAGAUUGCAGUCGGAUUGGUGUCCGUUUGUCGAGGGGUGAACUCUCGGUUCUACGGCGGUCUGGACAUACCAGCCGGACCUAAAUCCUCGAUGGCCGGUCAAGUGUGUUCAUGUUCGACCAUCUAUAUCUAGUCGGGAGUUUUUAUUAAUGGUGUGAUUGUCUCGUUAAGGUAAGGAGCGAUACCGCCUUCAGUGUCCGUCCCUGAGGUCUUCACCUUGUUUUGUUUACUUGUUUGCUCUGAAAAAUUCGCGUUUUGCUAAGAUGUCGUUUAAAAACACUUGGGUCAGGAGUGAGGUGGUGGACGACUAAACAUUUUUAUGUUUGUUAUUAGUCGUCUGCAAGUGACAACUCAUCCUUUCCUUGCCACCUAGAUUGGCCACCAAUGAUCCCGGAAUUCCUCGCCAACGGUCUCGCCUCUCCGACUCAUUCACUAGCUCUGGUGGCUCUACUCACAGUCGCUAACCUUGCGAAUGCAGAACUGGCACACCUGCGUCGUCUUUACAUGAUUUCGGCCGUGGAGUAUGCAACUAAGAAUCCCGAAUUUUUGUCUCAAGUUGACUCACCCGCACAGUCCCUACCCGUCGUGCUGUUUCCUGUCCGACAGUCAUGGCAACUCCACUUCGUACAUGGUCUUGGAAUCUUUGGCAGUCUUCUCGUCUCGGUCGUGUCUUUAAUGGCUCCCUCGGUUCGUGUUGGCUUCCACGGUUUCCCCUUUUAUCGUUUUAUCAUUUUGGAGAAACUCCGGGGUGGGGGGGGUGUAUUCUAGGCAUGGAAACCAGGAAACAUGGGCCUUCACGUAGUAGGUUUACUUGUACAAGUUUCCACAUUGUAUGCUUACAGCGACAACCAGGAAUCAAGCUGUACUUAUCCUUCUUCAAGGCCCAAAGGUUGAUUAUGUCCGUGCGCAUGUUUCUGAGCUCUGCUCACAAAACAAAUUGCGCGACUUCUCAGCGACUCAGAACCAUUCAACCUCCCUGUCGGACAGUCGAGACUCUCUGAACCGCUGAUUGCGAGUUUAGACACAAGUUCGUGCUAAUGCGGUGGCAUAUUAGCAAUAUUAAUUGCUCAAAUUAAUUGUCUGUUCACCGUGUAACUGGUAUUUUCCCAACACAGUGAGUGGCUGAAUGCAGGGCUGCACCGGCCUCUGCAUGCCUGUUCUGCGCUUUGGCCAACAGCUGCCAACCAGAAGCCGUACAUACUAACAGACUUACAUAUUUCAUCGCAUGUAACAUGCAAUAAGCUUUCGUAGGUUAGUACGAACAAAACUGCAAUAACUGAAUCCAAGAAGUAAGUGACAAAGAGAACGUGGCGUACACAGAAGUGUACUGCCACUCGGACCAUCCACGAACGUCCUAUUCCUUACACGCAACUCCCCAGGCCAAAUUUUCUUCCCACGAUUCGUCUUGUGCAUUCAGCGUUUGUUUUUUCGGCGGUUUCAAGUCUGCGUCUUCAUUUUGGUGCUCAGACGCAUGUGAAUGAAGGGUUCGUAUGUUGCCUUAGUCUGAUGUGGAAAAGGCAUUCUGUACUCACUUUUGUUUCGCCUCUAGAUCUAAGCCAAAGUCUGCCUUCGAAACACCUCUCCCCAUCUGAUGGAAUCAGUGACUUGUCAGUUAUGUACCGUCAGCUUUAUCUCUGGUCAGGCCUUAAAAGUGGUGAAGGCAAUAGUGUUCGGUAGGACCGGUCGUUUGUUGUAAAAGUCUUAUAUUGAGAUGCAGCUUUUCUGAAUUUUUGAGGCAUUUGCUAGGAUCGUGGAGUUGUGUGCGCGUGGCUGGGCAGCGAUUUUGGGGAAUCGGGUACCUGUUAAUGGGUCACACGCCUUAGGGGCGUUAUGACACGGUAAAUUUUGUCCGCCAUCCAAUAAGGAAUUACCCCCACCUUUGUUUUACGGCGUGGGAUUCCACUCAUAGGCUACACAAAAUUGUGGUUCACCUGAAUCAUGUGCCCGCAAAUCUCCAAGAACCCACACAAUCUACUAAUCUGCACCCCUACUAUGGCGUCCUGGAAAAACGACGCAUCCGGACGUUUCAUCGAUGGGCCGGCUUUCACCUAUGCGAAAUGGCAUUCUUUGUGGAGAAAAUUUGCUGGAUGUGCGCACUUUCAAAUACUCAGACACAAAAUCCCCUACGGUACGCACUCCCCCUCUACCUACAACGUCAAUAUUGCGUGCUUGUCGUGAGUCCGGUUACUCGAGUCCACUACGGGGAUAAUCGAAGUGCUCGCAUCGGAUGGACUGCAGAAGUCAGUACAGUGACGUGCAUGAUAACUGCAGCGGACAUGACGCCGCUUUAAUGAGCCAAGCGCUAACUUACCAGGGCAACUCGUCUCAUCGCAUCACCUACAGACACCCGGAAGGCCCAAUUUGCAGUGCAAGUCUGCUUGUCCUCUAUAUUCCAACACCCAAAGAGGAUGAGUGUUAGAAGACUACACCACAGAUUGGAAAUCGGGAUGCUCACGCUGGUAAAACUGAAGCAAGUAUGCACCACGUCUCCGUAAAGUUUGCCAUCGAUAACCCUUGUGACUACUUUCUAACUAAGACAGGUGGCCAACACCAGGUGUCAGCACAGAAGAAAGUCCCCUGUUGACCUGGUACCCAAACUGAUGGGAAGACUGCCGCGCAGAGUGGUUGUGUUCUUGUAGACAGGCGAUAGGCAGGCUAGAUCCUCAACCGUGAGGGCGGGAGUGAACAUAACUCAGAAUGCAUGCUGGUGGGAGCACGCUUGCACAUUUGUCUGAAGACGCUCGAGGAGAGCGCUCUGCUGCUAAAGCUGGGCCUUCAGCUGCUUCUACCAAAAACGGGCUUGUCAAGUUGCCGCACCGAAAUGCUGCUGGCCGCUCAGCGUUGCUGGAACAUUGUGACACUCCGUUAUUCAGGGCGAGUGAGGAGUGCGGCUUUCCCAAAGGCGACAUUGCCGAGACCCCAGUUUAUGCAUUCAGACCGCAGCAAGUGACACCCUGAAGAAUGUCGGUAACACCACUAAAUUGGCGGUUGUUGCGCUGAACACCAGGAGAACCGGCGACCCACACUUGAGAGCACAGCGUUGUCAGACGACACGGUCAAUGGGAGGCUACACCAUAGACAACGUUGGAUAUUCCACCAACUUUUUUGACAUUCGUCGAUUGACAUCUAUGCCAGCAGGAUUGUAACUAAGGAAGACCACCUUAAUAAGUUACUGAAUGAGCGGUUAACACGCUGGCAAAAACGUUUUUUUUCCUAAUCACCCAACCUGCCAUUCCUGCAGGCACCCAGCACGACCUACCACAGUCCUUCCCGCAAAACCUCCAUGACAACUCUGAUGUUUACAUUUCAGUGGUUAUACAACCUCUUCAAAAUAGCGGAUCCACUAGUUAAGGCGGACGUCUCGACGAUGUCCACAAGGGCUCUUCUUGCAGUCUAUAGGCAGCUAAAGAUUUUAUGGUAUAUGUAGCGAGGGGAAUUUUUCCCACUAUACUACGGCAAUGCCGCUCUGCUUCCCUUCCUCAAGAAACGAAACAGGACACCCGUUAAUUUGACGAUGCCGCAAAGAUCAUCAGUAUACCUCUGAAACAUUCACUCUCAGCCUGUGGUGCAGAGCCCAGGAAGUGUGGAGUGAUUUUCGCGACUCAGUGCAUCCUAGAUCAGUGACUUUAUCUUCUUUCCGUCCUACUGCCAACCGAAGCGAAGUUGAUCAUAUGCCUCCGAUACUCACGAACGUGAUCAAGAUAUAUCAGAAAUCCAUGUUCACAAAAGUUCGAGCUUACAAAGGAGUAGGCGAGUGCUUCGCUAUCGACUCAGACGUCCGAUAGUGGUGUGUCUUCUCACCACUUCGUUUAACUAUGCGGUUGACUCGGCUUUGUCCACAGCACUAGAGCAACUUGGGCGUUUAACUAGGUCGGAACCUCCUCACCGACCUUAAUGAUACUAGCAUCGCCUCGUUUGGAAGUCUUUUUAAGGGGAUCCAAUCUACGCUUGAUUGAACAGUCCCCACGUCACGCAUAUUUGAUCUUAGGCUGAAACACCGGGAAAUGAAAGUAAUCAUCGACGGCCUCGCUCGUCACUGUCUUCUCCUGGGCUAAGAGAGGUCUGAUGCAGCAGAACACUUUGUUUACCUUGGGUCCUCUCUGCCACCGACUGCCGCGUAUAUUGUACUCGGUACAGCUCUUAUAAUGCCUGAUCUAGCCGGCCCCGAUGUCAUGGAUUGCAACUCUCCACGAGUAGCAAUUUGCGACAGCGGAUCUGAACAGCUCGACCCAUUCUCUUCUCCCGAUACGUAGACUGAAUACGAAGCCUCAAGAACCGUGUCACUGUCUUAACGAACUGUGUCGAGUCAGGUUUCGAGUUGGCCUCCUUUUUGAUACCUUCAGGUUGGCAACGGCGCUGAAUUGAGGACAACACUGAGCUGGUAAGGCGGACGAGGCAGGACGUACCCAAACCAGCUAACUCGUCUUAGCUGACAUGAGACGUCCUCGCGGUGUCGGGGGCGGGUGCGACUGUCACGUUUGAUUUGGUUUACUGCACUCGAAGGAUAAGCCUCAAGCAGCGGUCGUCAAAUACCUCCAGUUUUCACGCGCACAACUCAGCAUUCACAGCCUUACCGGAGGACUGACCAGACGGAUGCACUGUACUCGCGGAUCUUCGUGGCGAUGAUGUCGCGUCGGGUUCAUAGACACUUCCUACGGAUCGAGAAAAUCCUGUGAGCAGCAUCGAUUCGGGGGACAUUGUCGUCUUUACCCUGCCCAUUAGACAGCGGCGUAGCCCCAAGGUCUUUGAACUUGCCUACUUCAAAUUGGCAGUCAUUUAUCCCGAGAGAUACUUGUUCCUGGUCAAGGAUUCAGCGUUUAUGGGUAAACCGACCGAAGUAUUUACAUCGUUCACUCAUAAUAUCACAUACUGUAGAUCACUAAAACUUGAGGCUAUCAAGGCGAUGCCAGCGUAGUCGAGAUCAGUCAGCCGGCGUCCUCAUGCAAACUCAGCAUCGUAAAAACCGUGUAAGAUCCUUCUGGGAAUCUGACCAAUGGCGUAGUUGAACAGAAUGGCUCAUGGAAUGCAACCUUGUCGAACGCAAGAUUGGAUAUCGAACUAUUGGGAGAGAUUGUUAUGAACUAGAACGCGCGCGGAGGCGGAGCGAUAGUAGGCCUUGAUUGUGACGAUUUAUGCCGGCACACCAUCUAGUUCCAUCAUUCGUCAGUGACUCACUAUGGAUGGAACCCAACGCAGCGGCAACGUCAACAAAGUGGACGACUGUCGGUCACUGGUAGCCAUGGCGGAACUCCAGAAGCUGCUGAAGUGGAUAUUUGGUCCGUGCAUACUCGACGGGGUUUUUAGUGUGCGCAAGGUUAUGUCCUACUCUCUAACUGCGAAACGUGGCCACUGAUCUGGGGACAGUCGAUAUGUUGGGUAGCUGAUGCCUCUAGGAUUCGAAUUCUGAAUUCCUUUGCUGACCAGGAACGCUUCUCGCUGGUGUUUCACUAAACGGCUGCUACGCCAGACUGUUUGGUCGCGCACUCUGGCGAUUCGAAAAGGAGCUCAGCUGUCUUCAGCCGCCAGAUCGGGACGCAAGCCGGUCAAUCAUCUCUGAGGAUUUAUCCAGAGGCCGCUGGACAUGGCUCUCACUGGUCGGUGAUGCAGUGGAUGCUAGAGCCGGGCAAGCCAACGCUGAUGCUAACAAAUACAAGUAGUAUGACUUGCUACAUAAGUCGUCGAUGUGCGAUAGCGUGCAUUGAAUGAACGCACAUCAUACUUGCAGCCCGAGUGCAGAAGUAACGAGUACUUGCGCUGUGGGCAGUUUUAAACCACCAGGUAGCCGCUCGCCGCGCUGACCUCUACCACUUUCCCGGAGGGCAAAGACCUGUUCCAUUUUCGUAGUAUUUCUUAGUCGAACGGAUGUAAUGUUGAAUAGCCCAGACAUAGGUCCCGCUCUUCCUCUAAUUCUCCACGGCCAAGGGAUGUGCUGAUUCAGUUUCAACAUACCCUUCGUGAGACCUCCACACGGGCGCUGGUCCCCUGUGUUCGCUAGAUUUUGCACGGUCCCCAUCUCAAUGAUGCACUGUUUUUUUAUGACAUGAAGCAAUUUAUACUCGCUCAAUAUCUCGAGGGUCAGCUUGCGCGAUUUAGCAUUCUCGUGAUGUGGUUGUUUUUGGUGGUUCGCUUAUCUGUCGAGCCUUCCACAUUUCAGGCACUCACGAUUUUCUGGUGUACAUCCUCGGUCCAUCAGCUAUUUAUCAAUCUUUUCCACCUGUCGCCAAGGGUCCGCAGCUCACUGGGCAUCCCUACUUCCUACGUUGAUCCAAAGCGCCCGUACAUCACUUUAUGGCUUGUCGCGCUGCAGAACUACCGCAUUCUCACACUACUCAGGCCAAAAAAGCAGUGA